GAGAUGGUUGUCGAGAAGGUGAAUGGAAUGAGAUUUUAUCCACUUAUAGGAUAAUAAUGGAUAAUUUAUAAAAUAUUACUUCAUAAUUAGUUAAAUAGCAAAACGCGUUUCCUAUUACACCUCGAACUGAAUUGGGAAAUCAGGCUCCUUUGCUUAUAAAAAGAGUGUAGCAUAUCGGUAUUUGAUUAAUUUGCUCAAAUCAGAUUAAUUGGGAAACCAGGCUCCUUUGCUCAAAUCAGAUUAAUUUUCAUCGAAAGUUCCAAAUUUUCAAUUUUCCACAUAUGGAUCCCGAUUGGGCAAGGUUGCCAAAGCAUUUAUUGGACAUAGUUUUAGAGAAAUUGGAGUUAUCAUUAGAUUAUUUGCAAUUUGGUGUUGUUUGUCUUCAAUGGCAUUCCAUAUUGAAGGAUAGUCAAAUUAAACGGAGUAAAACAUUGCAAUAUCAUCAUAUUCCAAUGCUUCUAAUUCCCAGCGAAGAACAAACAUGGAGCAUAUACAAUACACUGGACAACAAAUUCUUGGGCACAAAACUUUUUGUACCAUAUAACAAGCGUUUUUCUGGCUCUUCACAAGGAUGGUUGGUGGCUGUAAAUAAGGAUUGGACGGUAACGCUUUACAAACCUUAUUCUAUGGUUAAAGGAGGAAACAACAUAGAUACUAAUAUUCUUCUUCCAUGCCUGUUUCCUCCUGAUUUAGAAGGCUUUUUUGAUCCAGAUGGUAUAAUAGAUUAUGCUGAAGUCUAUGAUUACCAUAUUGAGAAAGCUUUACUUACAGCUGAUCCGCUAACAAAUCCAAAUGAAUGCAUGAUUGUGGUGAUAUUUGGCGAAAUGCAGGAGUUAGCUAUUUUUAGAAUCGCCAAAGAUACAACAUGGACUAAAAUUAAUGGUUAUGAUCAUGACAACAAGCAAAUUAUGUUAGAGAUAAAAGAUAUCUGUCACCAUAAUAAUCAAAUUUAUGCUGUAGAUGUUCAUGGUGUACUUAGAUCUUUUGAUGUUACAAAUCCAUGCAAUCCCACUGUAAAUUUGGUUGCACCUAGGAGAGCAUCUGAUCACUCCUCUGUCAAGAGAUAUCUUGUGGAGUCCUAUGGAGGAAAGCUUUUACAGGUCGAAAGGCAUUUAAGUUGGCGUAACGAAGACGAUGGUCGUGAGACAAAGAGGUUUAGAGUUUUCAGAUUAGAUUUUGAUAGAGCAAAAUGGAUUAAGAUAAAAAGCCUUGGUGAUGUAUCUUUGUUUUUGGGUGAUAAUUCUUCAAUAUCUGUCUUGGCUUCUAAUUUUAUCGGUUGCGAACCAGAUAGUAUAUAUUUUACUCACGACAUAGAUGACACCGAUGUACUGGGACAAAAUGUCAUGAUUUGUGAUGUGGGGAAGAUGCAAAUAGAAAUCAAUGAAUGGUCAAGGCGUAGGUUUUGUAUAGUACAAGGUGAUGUUGGUGCAGAUGAGGGUGACUACAUGAAGUGGUACCUAAAAAUUACCCGUAAAUUUGUAGAGCGGCCUCUACGUCUCUCAGUGGAAUUUCAAAGAGCAAUUGCUGGCUUGAGAGAAAUUACUCUUAUAGCAGACUCAUUCUCUACAGAAGGGUUGGAUCCUCAACAAGUUGAGUUGGUUCGUCGGGUCGGGUGUACUGCACAUGAAUGUUUGAGGAAGCAAGUUGGAGAUCCAGCCAUUGUGGACUUCUGCCCACAAGUUGAUGUUGGAAAAGGGAUAAGAGGAAAGGAGAUGGUUAUCAGAAAGAGUACUGAAAGUCUUUUGCGGAAGGACGAGCUGAUGCCAUUGCCAUAUAAUGUGGCUAGCAAGGAUAGAAAUUUUCAUUUUUGUAACGAUGAGCAAGAAGAAUUGCAAGACGAGGUACAAGUUGAAACUUAUUCGAAAUGCAACAUCGAGCAAGAUGACACCCAAAAUUUACAAGAUGGGAUGGCAGUUGAUGUAGUUUGCACACCUAACAUUGAGCAAGAAGACAUUCCGAAUUUGCCUUUUGUGAAAAGCUCUCCAAUUUGGCAAAUAAUUGAAUCAAUGGAUGUAUUCAGUCAACUUCCGCAGACUCCCCAUUUCCGUCCGUUGGUAAAGUGCAAGGAGACGAAACGUGAAGGAAUAGCUAUUGGAAAGAUGAUAACCUUUGCAUCUUCGAUUGAAAAGGUUUCUGAGUUAAAAGAAGAUGAUUCCGGCGAAUCUUUUGAUAGCGUUAUUGAAGAACUGGUCAAAUUGGAAGAGUUUGGAUUUGACAUCAAGGCAUCGAACUUAGAAAAACUUCAAGACGAGUCAAAAGUUGUUGAAACUCAGAUCACAGAAUGUAAGGGUGGAAGGAACAAAAUUGAUGGAGAAGUUGAUGAGAUUAUCAAGAAGAUCAAGAUAUUAGAAGAAAAACGGUCAAUGCCAAUGUCUGAAAGCAUGGAGAGAGGUUCCAAAUUUAGCAAGCUACUGUUAGAAGCCGCUGCUAUCAAUGAAGACAUUUUGACUACACGGAGAAGUUUGAGAAGCCUCUUUACGUGUGAUGAUUGGUGA